AUGGAUGGAACUCAUCUGAAAGGUGUGUAUAAAGGAGUGCUUCUUAUUGCCACUGCUCAAGAUCCAGAUCAUCAUCAUUAUCCCCUCGCUUUUGCUGUAGUAGAUGGUGAAAAAAAUGCAAGUUGGAGUUGGUUUUUGACUACAUUGAAAACCUUGAUACCAGAUGAUCCCCAACUUGUAUUCUGCACUGAUAGAAACCAAAGCAUCAUCAAGACAGUACACGAGAUCUACCCAUUGGCGAUCCAUGGAUAUUGCAUAUAUCACUUGGCUAAUAAUGUGAAAGGAGCAUGCAGCCAUGUUAGGAAAGAUGUGGUUGCCCAUGAGUUCAAAAAAAUUGCUGGUAUUUACACAGAAAAAGAGUUUAAAAGAAAAUAUAUUGAUUUCAGAAGAAGGUAUCCUCAGGCCGCUGAGUAUCUGGAUGAGAGUGUGCAUGAGAGCAAAUGGGCAAGAUGUCAAUUUCCAGGAGCAAGGUACAACAUAGAUACAACCAACACUGCUGAAUCUAUGAAUGGUGUUUUCAAGGAACAAAGGAAUUAUGCACUGCUGCCAAUGAUUGAUGAGACCGUGGGCAAGAUUACAGAAUGGUUUAAUAGAUACCGACAAAUUUCUAUAGGGGUUCCACAGAGGCAGCUACUUGUCCCACGUGUGCAUGUUGAAUUGCAUGAGAACUGUCCAAUUGCAAGAACACUUCACGUGGAGGUGCUAAACACAUUUGAACGUCAGUACAAUGUUACUGGUACGGAUGGGAAAGGUUAUUUGGUUGAUUUGAUCAACAAAACAUGUGACUGUCGGCAUUUUGAAAUUGACCGGUAUCCUUGUGUGCAUUCGCUUGCUGCGAUCAUGAAGUAUUGCAGAACUACAACAGAUGAUACGCUAGAGCAGUUGGUUGAAAAUUAUUGUUCUAAGUAUUAUUGGAUGGAGCAGUGGACAUUGGCAUAUUGUAGGACAAUAUAUCCAGUGCCUCAUCAUUCAUCCUGGCAAGUUCCUGAGGAAAUACAAUCUCAGGUUGUGUUCCCGCCGUAUGUGGAGAAAAAAAAAGGAAGAUUACAAACUACUAGAUUCCCAUCUGCAGGAAAAUAUCAGAGGAAGAGAAAGAAAAAGUAUGCACCAUUCUCGGAGUGGCUUGGUGACAGUAGUGACAAAGAUGACAACGACAACGAUGACAUCGAUUACGAAGAAAGCAGCAAUGAGGGAAGUGACAGCGAAGGAAGUGGUGACGAGAGAAGUGACAACGAAGGAAAUGAUGAAUGA